AUGGAGUUGCUGCACGAGUUACUUCACUCAGUCUAUUUUGAUCGGAAAAUCGAAGGAGACUUUCUGGAGGCUGGCGUGUGGAGAGGAGGUAGCUCGAUAUAUGCAAAGGGAUUCAUGGAGGCCUAUGAGUUGACCAAUGCACGAGUGUGGCUUCUAGACUCGUUUCGUGGUUUGCCGGAACAAACGCGGUCACUCGACGAUCCAACUGCAAAUUGGCAUCUUCAUGAUUAUUUGGCUGUGCCUAAAGAACAGGUGGAGGACCAUUUUCGACGAUAUUUGCUUUUUGAUGAACGUGUGAAGUUUGUUGAAGGUUUCUUUCAACAGUCGUUGCCGAACCUUGUCCGGAGCGGAUCUCUGACACGACCAUUGGGGAUUUUGCGCAUUGAUUGCGACACGUACUCUGCUACUCUGGAGGUCUUAUGCUUUUUGUACGAGUCGGUGCAUGUUGGUGGUUAUUGCAUUGCUGACGAUUUUGAGAUCCAAGAGUCCCGACGGGCCAUACUGGAUUUCUUGCGGGGGCAGAACAUCACUUCGCGCAUUGUUCCAGUUGGCGACGGAAAGGCUGCAUGGUUUGAAAAGACGUCUGAAGUGUCAGUCGAUUCGCUCUGGUGCCGUAGGCAAUUGGGAAGCAGCCCGAUACUGUACAGGCACCCUGCUAGACUCUGGUACAUGAAGCUGUGA